AUGUCUCGCGGGAACACACCAUCGCAGCACAAUUCUACACUAGCCAUUUCUCCUCUUGUCGGAAGCAGGUCGAUACAAGUGCCUCCGAGCCAGCAGCAACCGAGGAGUGGCAUCGCACAAAAUACAGGUACUCGGCACUGGAGCGGGAGUCACAGAGCAGCGCAGACUCCGUAUCACUCGGUCACUUAUAGUCCUUUGGUGCAGAAAAUCCAAAGUAAUGCAUCUCUGGCGACGCCGGCGCCUGCUAAGGACUACAAUGGUGGAUCAACAGCGGGACUGUUGGCUUCGAUGACCAAGAACGGGCUGUUUGGGCCGACUGUACCUUCGAUCCUGCGCAGAGUGAGUGCGGCCACGGGUUCUAAAGGCUCCAAGAAUGCUUCGGGUGGACUAGAAACCGAGGAAUUACUUGACGAGAACCAAGCUUCAAACACUAUCGAUAUUGCACAACUGCCAGCUGCAGAAAAACUGCGAUUGUGGCGGCACGACUCAUUGAUGCAGCACCAGUACCGCACGGCUGAGUAUAUUGGCGACAAGGUUUAUGCCAUGACAGGAGACCCGAAUGACGCAUUUUGGCUGGCCCAGGUGUACUAUAAUAGCGGAUCUUACGUUCGGGCUGUGGAACUGCUGUCUCAUAACAACCUGGAUACCUCCAGCGUUAUGUGCCGAUAUCUCAUGGCGCUUUGCUUGCUGCAGCUGAAAAAGUAUGAAGAGGCGCUUGAUAUUGUUGGAGAGACGAAUCCUUUCCAAGACCCGCUUGGAAACCAUGUUAAGAAUCAGGAUGGUGGCAUAAAGCUGGAGUCAUCCAUGUGUUACAUACGUGGCAAAAUAUUCGCAGCUUUAAACAACUUUGACAAAGCUAAGGAGUCGUUGAAAGAAGCACUACAGGUGGACGUCAAGAAUUUUGAGGCUUUUGACGAACUAGUGUCUAAGAAUCUGUUGACGCCCAAUGAAGAAUGGACUUUUUUGGCAACACUGGACUUUUCCGAUUUAGACGACAAUGAAGAGUUCAUCAGGUCAUUAUACACCUCCAGACUAUCCAAAUAUCUUAACUUGGACGAGGUGCGCAAGGCUCAAAAUUUCCUAAUUGAUGAGUAUAAACUUCAUGAUAACACCGAUGUGAUCCAUAGUAGCGUGGACACUCUUUUUACACAGUGCAAAUUCUCAGAUUGUCUCAAAUUAUGUGAGGAAGCUCUGGAACAUGAUGAAUUCAAUUUUUCAAUUCUACCAACUUACAUUUCAUGUUUAUACGAACUCGGAGGGAAAAACAAACUUUUUUUAAUCUCUCACAAGCUAGCCGAGAACUUCCCUAAGCAUCCAAUAACUUGGUUUGGCGUUGGUGCUUAUUACAUGUGUACCAACAAAAUAUCCGAGGCCAGAAAAUAUUUUUCGAAGGCGUCCAUCCUCGAUCCUACCUUUAGCCAGGCCUGGAUAGGUUUUGCUCAUACGUACGCAGUGGAGGGAGAGCAUGAACAGGCGAUAUCGGCAUACUCUACGGCCUCGAGGUUUUUUCCAGGAAGUCAUUUACCUAACUUAUUUUUGGGAAUGCAAUACUUGCUGAUGGGUGCAUUGCCAUUGGCCGAAGAGUAUUUCGUAUUAGCAUAUGACGUUUGUCCGUAUGAUCCGCUAUUACUCAAUGAAAUGGGGGUAUUAUAUUUCAAGAAAAAUGACUAUGUCAAAGCCAAGAGAUAUCUGAAAAAGGCUUGGGAAGCCAUCAAAGUUUUAGACUCGGAGUCAAAAUCGUGGGUAUCCAUCCACACGAACUUAGCGCAUUCCUAUCGGAAGUUGGGAGAGAAUGAACGAGCUGUCAAAUGCUUCAAGCUUGUUUUGGAAACUGCGGGGAAGGAUACUGACACACUUUGUGCCCUGGGUUACGUUUAUCUCGUGAUGAAUCGAAUUGGGAAGGCCGUUGACGCUUUGCAUGGCUCGCUCGCUCUGUGUCCUUCCAACCAAACAGCUCACGCCUUGUUGAAGCAGGCUUUAGAUGUGAACUUAUCGACAGUACUGGAUGAGAGCCACCCGCUUGUUGUUAGUUCCAAAAUUCAAGAGCAAGGUUCUGUCAUGUCCCGAAAACGAGCUGCUAAUAAAUUAGACGUCCACACUAUGGCCAAAAAACUGAAGCAGGGGCAAAUUUCGUCCGAAGACGAAGGUGUCGAUGAAGAUUCAAUGGACUUGGAGUAA